UAACCACCCAGCCAAACGGCAUUCACUACAGAGGCAUUUUUUGAAUGGACCAAUUACUAUCUCUUCUUCACAGGUCUUGUAUUCGUUAGCAUGUCCAAAGAGAUUGAGGCGCAUCUCACCGAAACCCAUUGUCAUUCACACAUACCGACAGGGGAGGUGAAAGAAUCUGGUCCGGCUUGAAAAUGACCACGUCAACUGGUUUCAGGUCAGGGGGAAGGCUGUUGACUCCACCCUUUCAGGAGCAGAGAGGUCCAUAUAACUUCAGGGGACGUGACUUAGUGAUUAGUUAACAACGAUUACAACCAAGCUGUGCUGACCUGCAUUGACUCUCCUCUACAACCUCUGCCUGAGCUUCAUUGAUUUUACAACAAAAAACAAGAAGUCUUCAAAAUGGUGUCGAUGGGAAGACAGAUGCUGGGCUUCGUCCUGGCUAUCAUUGGGUUCCUGGGGACCAUUAUUGUGUGUGCCCUGCCUAUGUGGAAAGUCACAGCCUUCAUCGGAGCCAACAUCGUGACUGCUCAGGUCAUAUGGGAGGGCUUGUGGAUGAACUGUGUGACCCAGAGCACGGGACAGAUGCAGUGCAAGAUCUACGACUCCCUCCUGGCCUUACCCCAGGACCUGCAGGCUGCCAGAGCUCUGAGCGUCAUCGCCAUCAUCGCAUCAUGCUUCGGCAUCCUCUUGGGAAUUUCUGGAGGAAAGUGCACCAACUUUGUAGAGGAUGAGGCUUCCAAAGCUAAAGUAGCCAUUGCCAGCGGGAUCAUCUUCAUCGUGGCUGGCGUCCUCAUCCUCGUCCCUGUCUGCUGGUCUGCCAACACCAUCAUCAGGGAUUUUUACAACCCUCUGCUGGUCGAGGCCCAGAGGAGGGAGCUGGGGGCCUCACUGUACAUCGGCUGGGGCACAGCAGGGCUCCUGAUUCUGGGAGGGGGGCUCCUCUGCAGCUCCUGCCCACCCAAGGAGGAGCGUGACGACUACCCAGUGAAGUACUCACAGGCAAGGUCCACAGCUACCAGCAGAGCUUACGUUUGAGCAGGAAACUGUUGAAAGAAAGACUGUAAAUUAUUUGAUUAUCUUUGGUAAUCUUCUGUGAAUUGAAAAUAUCAUGCAAGUUACUGGUAUUAUCCAGUCUUGUUCUUUUCCAUUUUACGUUUUGAAAGUGAUGUGAAAUCAGAACAGAGUGAAUAUGUGAAAACAAAUUAACUGAGCUCUUCAGAACUUUGCAAGAAAAAGACAAGACAGAACUGUUGCCUAUAAGAAAUGACGUUACAGAGAAGUAGUACUACUCUAUACGCAGUGUCGAGGGAUCAUCUCAUGGGUCAUGGGGUGAUGACUGAAGUGAAUUGAAGCCAUUCCCAUAACCCUAACUUCUCUUUUACCGUAUAAGGACACUGUGCCAGAAUGAUAGUAUUGAUGUAAGAACAUGGACUAUAUGUACAUUAUAUAUGUAUAAUCGACUUGUCAUAACUUUGUACAGUAGAUCACAGUAUGUUUUGCAAACAGCCAAUAUAUGUUGAUUGAUUAUGUCUAAAGAACUUAAUCAAUUGCAAACCUUCUUUUUUUUGUGUAUAAAACAUUUCCAACAAAGUACUCCCUGACGAAGGCCAUGCAGCCGAAACGCGUCGGUUU